GAAAUGUCAUUUUCAAUAUCAAAAUGUUAAAUACUCCAUUCGACUCUGAUGGCUUUCAAAUAGUAAAAACAAAACGUUUUUCUAAAAAUAAACAAACGAAAAUACCAAUUAAACAAAAUAAUUUUGAGAAACAAGAGGUCUCAAUUGAUAUUGAGAAGUCUGCACGACGAAUUCAGUCAGCUGUUGAAGAAUUAAGAAAUUCAAAGUAUACAGAGGAAGCAUUAAAAGCUGUAAGUAGUAUCUUAUCCUCUAGGAAGGUUAUAGAAAUUGUUUGUUUUGGGCUAGGCCAUAUCGCAGAAUGUCAUAUUUCUAGGUACCAGCUAGCCUUUUUACUGUGUCUGAAAGACUUCUGUGAACCUAGUAAGGUUUAUGUGCACGAUCCAAUCUUCUAUAAAGGGGAAUGUGAUAUAUUGAAGCGAUUUAAUAUUGAAAUAAUUGAACAAAACAUUGAAGGGAAUUAUGUAAUUUCUGAUCAAGGCAUAACCUUACUUUAUUUUCCUCACUGUCCCAAACAGUUGACAAACAAUUUCCUUUGGAGUAAUUGGGGAGUGAAUAUAAAGAAUUGUGUCCUUAUUGGCAAUAGUUUUAAUUCCCUAAUAGAAAGUCAACCAAAUAGACUGUUAUCAGAAACAGUCGCAUACAUACAUAAAUUAUUUCCAUUUACAUCUGAGAUUGUGUUGGAGAAUAAUUUCAAGUAUACAGAUAUUUUCAAUGACACAUCGCUCCAUUGGUUUCCCAAAGAAAAAAUAGAUACCAUAGAUCAUAAUUUUUGGAAGAAAAAUAACAAACCUUCUUAUGAAAAUACAGAGGAGUUCAUAACUUCCUUAAUGAUUGAAAAGUUGAAACUUUGA